AUGUCGCACGGCUGGCCAGCCGAACCGGCGUACGACGCCCAAUAUACUCGCCGGCGCCCGUCGCCCAUGGAUCGUCCUGCGAAUGUGUCCUACACUCAUAGCCGCACCAGAACAACAUCUUCGAAUACAUUUCCUGCGGGCAUGCAAGGACCGUAUCAGGCAAAUCCAUACCAACAGCAGACGCAUCUCGCACAACCCCCGAUGAACCACCAAAGGCGCUCGCCGAGCGUCAAUACUUUCAGCACCGUUUCGAGCGGCGGUGGGAUGGCGCCGCCAGCAGCAUACAGAACAUCGCCAACGUUAGACGUUAGGAGAUCCACGUCAAGCCGCUCCGGCGGAGCACCAAAUUCACCACAGUCUAGCUACGUCGCGCUCCUCCGGAAACAGAAGGCCACGGUCUGGUGUGAUCGCGCACAAUAUGAAGACCCCAGGUUACAAGCGCAGCAGAAGGCGGCAAGAAUGCGUGCGAAUCGCGAGAUUGUGGGAGCCGGCAGUGGCCUCGGCCUCGGACUUGUCAGCGCGGGACGCACUUCGACCGGUCUUAGCUCUACCGGUGGGAAGGUGGCCGCUAAGAUCCGGCAUCACGGCAAGCCCACCGUCAUCGGUUACUCGCCGGGGAGCAACCUUAACGGCGUUGGUGGUGUUCCUCUACGUCUCAGCGCGACCGAGGUGGAGGGCGAGGAGAGUGAAGAGGAUGAGGUAGCCAUUCAGAAGCUGCACCAUCGGAGAACCGGCAGCUCCGGGCGAAAUAGCACAGCUAGUGGCAGGAGGGCCAUGGCGUACCGCUCGUCUGGGGGCAUCGGGCCCGCAGGUGGAGCUACGAGGUGGAGCCCCGGCGGGACCCCGGAGCGAACAGGAUCCUUGGUUGAGGACAGACCGGUUGAUCGGACUCCCCCAGUGGACGACUCGGCCAGCGGGAAGGCGAGGAGCUUUGCCAGUGGCAGCAGCGGCGAACGGCUGGACAACGUCCCUGAGCUCAGUGGCAACUCGGCCCACCUGGCCAACAACAGCAUGAAGCACGCUACGGUGACGCGUGAGAAGAGCGUGAAGAGCGUCGACGAACUGAAGCGACGAGGGAGUGUGGACGAGCGCACCAUGACGCUGUCUGCUGGCCGGCUAUACAUCGCAAACCCCGAUUAA